AGAGCAUUAACCAUCUGAGAGCAUGGAGAGAGUGGUGGAAAUUGAGAGCAUUGAUUUGGCGUGUGAGGUGAACAACACCAAUCACCACACGCAUCUGAACGGUGUGGACAGACUGAUCGUGAGGAGAGGACAGACCUUCACUAUCCAUUUACACCUCAAAGAGGGAACUCACUUCCAGAAUGGAGACAAUAUCAAGUUUAUCGCCCAAACAGGUCCGAUCCCAUCUGUGGAGGCUCAAACCAAAGCCAGAUUCAGCCUGAGUAAAGUGAUCUCUCGCUUGAGCUGGAGCGCCACAGCAGAAACCCACAACAGCACAGUUUCUCUGAGUAUCUGCGCGCACACAAAUGCUCCUGUCGGCCGCUACACACUGAUCCUGGACCAGGGAGAUGGAGUCAUUCUGGGGGAGUUUGUGCUGCUCUUUAACCCCUGGUGCAAAUUGGACUCUGUGUAUCUGGCGAAUGAAGCUGAGAGAGAGGAAUACGUUCUCUCUCAGGACGGCCUGAUUUACCGCGGUACACCCAAAAGAAUCACAGUUCUACCAUGGACAUUUGGACAGUUUGAGCAGGGAAUACUGGACAUCUGCCUUCAGAUUUUGGAUGAAAGCCCGAAUUACAUCAGUGAUGCAGCUCUGGAUUGUUCCGAGAGGAAGAAUGCUGUGUAUGUGACUCGAGUCCUUAGUGCAAUGAUCAACAGUCUGGGUGAUAAAGGAGUCGUGGUGGGCAACUGGUCAGAUGAUUAUGAAGACGGAGUAAAGCCCACCGUGUGGAAGGACAGCUGCUCGAUCCUCCGUCAGUGGAGUAAUGAGGGCUGCAGGGCGGUGCGUUACGGACAGUGCUGGGUGUUUGCUGCUGUCGCCUGCACAGUGUCCAGAGCUCUAGGAAUACCCUGCAGAGUCAUCACCAACUUUGGAUCAGCGCGUGACAGUAAUGGCGACCUAAUAAUGGAGCGCUUCUACAAUGAAUUUGAUCAGAACAUUGCUGACGACUCCAUUUGGAACUACCAUGUAUGGGUGGAGAACUGGAUGACCCGACCAGAUCUGGCACUGGGGUAUGAGGGUUGGCAAGCGAGCGACCCAACACCACAGCACAGAAGUGAUGGCGUAUUCUGUUGUGGACCAGCCUCUGUGAGAGCUAUUAAAGAGGGCGAGCUCACCUUCAAAUUCGACGUCCCGUUCGUGUAUGCGGAGGUGAACGCUGACGUGGUGGAGUACAUCAAACUGAGAGACGGACGAGUGUUCAAGAUGGGCGGAUCCACGACGGAGAUUGGGAAAUCCAUCAGCACCAAAGCAGUGGGUCGAGAUGAGAGAGAGGACAUUACUCACAACUACAAGUAUCCAGAGGGUUCUGAGGAAGAGAGAAAAGUUUUUGAGAAAGCAAAUCAUCACAACAAACUGGCACAAGCAGGAGAGGAACCUGGUUUACACAUCAAGAUCAGAGUGACCCCAGAUAUGCAGAUCGGCUCUGACUUUGACGUCUACGCUGAGAUCAAAAACAACACGAUGACCACAAAGUCCUGCCGGGUGAUGUUUUACGCACAAGCAGUGUCCUACAAUGGCACACUUGGAGAGACCUGCGGACUGGGAGAGUUUACGGAGAUUAGCUUAGCUUCUUCUGAAGGUGGCAAAGUUACUCUUCGGUUAGAGUAUGCAGAAUACAGUAAAGCCAUAACUCAGGACAGGAUGAUCAAACUGGUGGGUUUACUCAUCGAUGCAGAGACACGGGAAUUCUACCGAGCAAAGAAGACCAUCGUACUGGACGCCCCUGAAAUAAUUGUCAAUAUCCUGGGUGUGCCAAAAGUGGGCCGGAAUCUGGUGGCAGAUUUAGCGCUGCAGAAUCCACUGCCGGAGCCUCUGGAGAACUGUGUGUUCACUAUACAUGGAGCCAACCUGACUGAUGGCAAACCCAUCACUCAUGAGGUUGGAACAAUCGGUCCUAAAGAAUUUGCCACUGCUAAAGUGGAGUUUGCACCUAAGCUGCCGGGACAAAGAAAAUUAAUCAUCGAUUUUGCCAGCGAUAAACUACACAACAUUGAGACCUAUGAGAAUCUGGUUAUCUAUGAAUAAAUGAGCUAUUUU